AUGGCGGGAGAGGAAGAGGAAAUUCUGACUCAAAACGAAGAAAAUCAAAUACUGGAAGACAGUACACCAAACGAAACUGGUGACAACAGUGCACCUGAUAGAUUAAUCAAAUUACCACUUACUCGAGUGAAAAAUAUUAUGAAAAGUGAUCCCGAUGUCACAUUAGCGAGCCAAGAUGCGGUUGUUGCUUUGGCGAAGGCUACAGAACUUUUUAUCCAAUUAAUAUCCAAAGAUGCCUCUGGCAGUACUAUGCAAGGAAAAAGAAAAACGUUGCAAAGAAAAGAUUUAGACAAUGUGAUGGAUAGGAGAGAUUGUUACUUAUUUCUGGAUGGUGCUAUUGAUUGA